UCCGCGCAGCCAUGGCCCGGCCGCCCGCGCUCGCCCCGCUGCUGCUCCUGCUCCUGCUCGGGGAGCUCCUGGCGGCCGCCGGGGCGCAGAAAGUGGGACUCCCAGGCCCUCCAGGCCCCCCAGGGCCGCCGGGGAAGCCCGGCCAGGACGGCAUUGACGGCGAAACUGGACCUCCAGGUCUGCCUGGGCCCCUGGGACCAAAGGGGGCCCCAGGAAAGCCGGGGAAAUCAGGAGAGGCCGGGCUGCCGGGACUGCCGGGUGUGGACGGUCUGACUGGGCGAGAUGGACCCCCUGGACCCAAGGGUGCCCCUGGGGAACGGGGAAGUCUGGGACCCCCGGGGCCGCCCGGGCUGGGGGGCAAAGGCCUCCCUGGACCCCCCGGAGAGGCAGGAGUGAGCGGCCCCCCAGGUGGGAUCGGCCUCCGCGGCCCCCCGGGACCGUCUGGACUCCCCGGCCUCCCUGGCCCCCCGGGACCUCCCGGACCCCCUGGACACCCAGGAGUCCUCCCUGAAGGCGCCACUGACCUUCAGUGCCCAAGUAUCUGCCCACCAGGUCCCCCAGGGCCCCCUGGAAUGCCGGGGUUCAAGGGACCCACUGGCUACAAAGGCGAGCAGGGGGAAGUCGGCAAGGACGGUGAAAAGGGCGACCCUGGCCCCCCUGGGCCCGCCGGCCUCCCGGGCAGCGUGGGGCUGCAGGGCCCGCGGGGAUUACAAGGACUGCCAGGGCCACUCGGGCCCACCGGGGACAGGGGUCCCGUCGGGUUCCGAGGGCCGCCUGGGAUCCCAGGAGCGCCUGGGAAAGCGGGUGACCGAGGCGAGAGGGGCCCAGAAGGGUUCCGUGGCCCCAAGGGUGACCUCGGCAGACCUGGUCCCAAGGGAAUCCCUGGAGUGGCCGGGCCAAGUGGGGAGCCGGGCAUGCCGGGCAAGGACGGCCAGAAUGGUGUGCCAGGACUCGAUGGCCAGAAGGGGGAGGCUGGUCGCAGCGGUGCUCCGGGAGAGAAGGGCCCCAACGGGCUGCCGGGACUCCCCGGACGAGCAGGGUCCAAAGGCGAGAAGGGAGAAAGGGGCAGAGCUGGGGAGCUGGGUGAGGCUGGCCCCUCGGGAGAGCCAGGCGUCCCUGGAGAUGCUGGCAUGCCUGGGGAGCGCGGUGAGGCUGGCCACCGGGGCUCAGCGGGGGCCCUUGGCCCACAAGGCGCUCCCGGAGCCCCUGGCAUCCGAGGCUUCCAGGGCCGGAAGGGCAGCAUGGGAGAACCCGGCCUUCCAGGCCCCCAGGGCCUCCGAGGUGAUGUGGGCGACCGGGGUCCGGGAGGCACCGCAGGCCCUAAGGGAGACCAGGGCAUUGCAGGUUCCGACGGUCUUCCUGGGGAUAAAGGAGAACUGGGUGCCAGCGGCCCGGUCGGACCCAAGGGAGAGUCUGGCAGUCGAGGGGAGCUGGGCCCUAAAGGCAUCCAGGGUCCCAACGGCACCAGCGGCGUUCAGGGUGUCCCCGGACCCCCUGGUCCUCUGGGCCUCCAGGGCGUCCAGGGUGUUCCUGGCAUCACGGGGAAGCCGGGCGUUCCGGGGAAGGAGGCCAGCGAGCAGCGCAUCAGGGAGCUGUGUGGGGGGCUGAUCAGCGCUCCGGCCUUCAUCACCCCAAAGUCAGUGAAACCAUUUUCCAUCAACUCGGAAGGAAAACGUCCUUCUGGAAGGAAGCUCUGUGCAGAUAUUUCACGCUCACGUAACGAUACUUUUGAUGAUCCUCUCUCAAGUAAACUGCCUGGCACCUUGUUUUCCCAAAGAACAAAUGCACAGUUAGCACGCACCUGCCAGGAGGUUGAGGCUGCAGCCUCUGGGACGGCUGCACUUUUGCACCCUGUGAAGAUGGGCACGUCUGCGGCAGGAGCCGCUCCCUGGAGAGGUGCUUGCGGUGUCCAUGGCUGGCAAUGGGCACGUCUGCGGCAGGAGCCGCUCCCUGGAGAGGUGCUUGGUGCCUCGGGCCGUGGUCCUCGCUCGGAAGCCUCUGUUACUGCCGUGCCUCGAGCCCCCUCCCUGGAAAAGGAGCACCAGCAGGACCGCCUUCUGCCCCAGGGCACACGGGAACCCUGUUUAUUACAAAAGUCGAUCAGACACCGCUGUGCUGUGGCUGCAAUAGAUACUCUAACCAUGUGUCCGUGUCCACACCUCGUGACAGGAAGCCAGGGUGACAGAGGAGACAAAGGCGUGGCAGGAGCAGGGCUGGACGGGCCUGACGGAGACCAGGGUCCCCAAGGACCCCAAGGCGUGCCCGGCACCAGCAAGGAUGGCCAGGACGGUGCUCCCGGCGAGCCUGGGCCUCCCGGAGAUCCUGGGCUUCCAGGUGCCAUUGGCGCCCAGGGGACACCGGGGAUCUGCGACACCUCAGCCUGCCAAGGAGCCGUGUUAGGAGGGGUCGGGGAAAAAUCAGGCUCUAGAAGCUCAUAAAAUUCAACAUAAGGAAAUGAGCAAGUGACAAGAACGCCUGAAGCACAGUGGGGCGGUCAUGAAGGAGCAGGGGUGUGGCAGGCUGGCGACGUCCAGGAGAGUGAGCGCCCCAGCUGCCCCUCGGCCGCCGACUGGACGCGCGGGCCCUGCCAGCGAGCACCCUCAUCGGGCUGUCGCCUGACCGCAUACCUCAAAAGGCCCUAGCUGAUAAACAUGUAAGCCCAGCAUUUGAGAGAAGGUAGGGUGUUUGUAUAAAACGUUGUGUACAAUUCCACGAGAUGAAAAAUAUUCAGUAACUUGUUUACAUAGCAUUUGUGUAGAGACUGUGAUCUCAUCCCAAUAAAAUGAUGUAUUAAAUCUUCA